AUGUCGCUUACCUGGCAAGUACACUUGAAGAACUGGGCCAUAGAGGAGGUGGCGGAUAAUCUGUCGCUGCAGUCGGCGUCUGCGGAUUCCUGGGUCUUGCAGCUAAUCACAGCUCUGUGGACAGAUUUUCCGAUCUGCGAAUUCUUUGUUGAAGCGGCAUACAUUUUGCCGGCCACUUCUUUCUGGAAGCUGGUAUCAUUUGCUCGCACGAAUUACCCGAACCAGACGCUACCAAUCCUCGACGAGGUAGGAUUGGCUUCCCCAGGCCAUCCGGAAGCUUCGGCAAAGAUUGGGGGCUACUUACCGGUGCCAUCGUCGCACCACCUUAGCAAGAUCCAAAAGAGAUCCUUCAAGAGAGCAGUUGCUAGAGCGCAGAAAUACGGCAGCGCGGUAUAUCGAGGCAAACGCCUGGUUGCAAGCGCACCAAACUUGCCGACUUCGACAACGACAGUCCACACCAAGCCUCUGCAGUCUGACCGGGCGCGGUUAAGAUGUGUUACGUGGAAUAGUGAUGGACUAACGCAGGAACUUCUUGUGCAGCUGCUCAGUUGGCUGGACGCGGAGCCGAUGGUUCAUGUGGCCUUCAUACAGGAGACCCACUGGGGCUUUGAUGGAGAUUGGACGCAAGGCAAAUGGCACUUCUGCCACAGCGCGGCUGAAAGGAGACGCACUGGAGGAGUGCUCAUAGCUAUGAGGGCGGACAUCUUUGCUAAAGAGCAGAUACGCUGGCAGGCGAUUGAGCCAGGGCGCAUCCUGCAUGCGAGAUGUUAUGCCAACAAGCAGCACCUGGAUCUCGUUUGCUUCUAUCAGCAUGCGCUUCCUUUCGGGAGUGAGCAACAGAAAGAGGUGAUGACCAAAAGGCUGGGUGUCUGGAAAAAGCUCGACGGGCUCUUGGGAGCUCAACCGGUUCGAUCCUCCUUGAUCCUCUCGGGAGACUUCAACUGUGUCCUUCCUGUAUUGGCACCUUGUAUUGGUUGUGGGGUUCACAUAGGCUCUUCGGCGAAACAUCUUGUCGAGGAGAGAAACAUGGUUGCUGGGAUUCUUAAGAAGCAUGAUCUGUGCGUUGUCAACAGUUGGGGUAGGAAGCACUGGACGUAUCAUCAUCCGAAAGGUCGCAGUCAAAUAGACUACAUUGUUGUGCGUCGCAGCAUUGUGGAUGGCCUGGCGCGUCAGGCAACAGCUGUGCAAUCACCGCUUGCAGGAUGGAGGUCCAGUGGACAUAUGCCUGUGCGUGCCUCGCUUAAGCUAGAUUGGCGACCUUGGCAACAAUGUAAGUCUAAAUCCCGCCCCGUACCGUUGGUAGAGCGCCCCUCUCAACACCCAGUACUGAAAGGUAUGAAGGAAGCCAUGCUUGCCAAGCACACCCCGGCUGCUGUCCCACAGCGCCCAGCUCUUGCCAACAUAGAGGGCCCGGUCAAGAAGUUCUGGAGGUGUCACGCCUUGCUCGCGGCCGCAAAAGCGCAUCCGAUCCCGGACCGCCUCACCUUUGCUAUGAUCUUUGCGCGACUCAAGCUGCACAGCGACAUGCAAAGAGCACAUCGUGAACUCAAGCGCAUGUCUCGGGAGCGUAAAAGGCAACAACAGCUGGAAAUCCUGCAAAUCGCUGAGCAGGCGGCUAGACGUGGGGACAGCAAAGAACUUUUCAGAUGUGUAAGGUGGCUUGCGCCCAAACAACACAAGCAAAGCAUUAGACUGCGCACCAGCUCGGGAUGCCUUAUGUCGCCGGGUGAGGAGUGUGUUGCGCUUGCUGCGCAUGCGAAACAGCUUUUCUCAGGACAGCCAUUUGAUGCACCAGACAUGCUCCAGCUUCCACUUGACAUGUUUGAGGGUGAUAAGUGGGGCUUUGCGCUUUGUAAGAUUAAAGCUAAUAAGGCCGUGCCGUUAGCAGAGCCACCGGGGGAACUGUGGAAGGAGGAUAUCCCUCAACUGGCGCAGCAGCUGGCAGCCGUCUCGCAGGCUUGCCUUUGCACUCCAAACCCAAUAAUUCCGCUCGAAUGGUCUACGGUUCAGCUGGCAUGGCUGCCCAAGCCCCUGAAGUCUCCAUCGUGCCCAGCCAAUUUGCGCACCAUCGGACUUAUGCCAGUCGAUGCCAAAGCUUUUCUCAUACUCUUGCGUCAAGAAGCCGAACAAUAUGUCGCUCAAGCCGUCCAUGACUGCCCUCAAUAUGCUUAUCGGUCCCAGGCUGGCACAGCAGAUGCACUGCUACGCGCUAGCCAUCACUGUCUGGAGGUUCGGUCCCUUGCAGCCGCAUGCCAUCAGGAUUAUACUUCCAAAAUUAUUGGCGAGCAUCUUCCUGAUGUUGUCGGGGGUUUGAUGUGCAAUCUUGAUCUAGCUAAAGCCUUCGAUACUGUGCCCUACAAUGAGUUGUACUGGUCCAUGCGUGACAUCGGGCUGCUGAAUCAGAAGCUGGGCGGCGGCUGGGCUCAGGCUCACCUCACCACUUUCGCUGACGACACGCAUGGAUUCUGGACAUUGCGUGCACCUUCUGCGUUCAUCCAAGCCUGUGGAGAGCUGAAAACAGUCAUCGAUGUUCUACGUGGAAUGGGCAUGACCAUCAACUUUACCAAAUCUGUGGUAGUUGUCAAAAUUCAUGGCAAAGCGGCGCCAGGUCUCUUCAAGCGCUUCUUUCGGAAAAUGCAUGGCACUCAGAGUCUCCGACUACGUUCCGAUGGUGAUGUCGAUGUCUUUCUGCCGUGUGCCAAUCAGCUGGAGUACCUAGGAGCAGUCCUCUCAUACGAUAGCUUCGAAGGGCGCACUGUCCAGCAUCGCGCUGCAAAGGCUGAGAGCGUCUACAAUCAACUGCGCAAAGUUCUUCGAGUCAAUGGCCCACUGACUGCGCCUUAUCGGCUUCGUAUCUACUGUGCCAUCGUUGUGAGCUCCCUCCUCUAUGGCCUUACCAGUAUCGGUGUCACGGCCGAGGUUGUGCGGAAGGUCUCCUCCACGGUCGCUGGUCAUUUGCGCAAGGUACUCAGAGUAUAUGAGCAUGGGAUUACGAACGAGCAGGUCUUGCAGAGGGCUGGCAUCUCACCAUUGCAUCUGCUGCAACAUCGCACUCAAAGGCUGCAUGAGCACAUUCUUCGUGAUCCAGGGCGCAGCGACGGGCUGAAAUGCAUUGAGCAAGAACGGUGUGCUAGCAUCCUCGCUCAGCUUGAGGCCCUGGCGGCCCAACCCCAGCAACUCUCCAUUCAGAGCGUGCGGCGGGCUGAAAUUUGUGUGGUAGAUUGCCCUGUCUGUGGCAUUGAAUUUGGCACUGCAGAAGGUCUGUCGAUGCAUCUACAUCGGCGCCACCCGGAGAUUCAGUCAGCUUCCAAGCUCGUGCUAGACAGGCAACAGCAUGCUCUUUUUGGUGUUCCCAUGUGCCGAUUCUGCCAUACCAGAUCGUGUGAUUGGAGCGCUCUCGCCAAACACAUUGAAGAGGGCCAUUGCCGUUGGAUACAGCAUCAAAUUGCAUCAGGUCAUGCGCCAUCGACUCUUCUCGAAUUGAUUGCGAAGGAGGAGGCUUGUAAACCUCCGCAACCUCCGGAGGGACUGCAAACUGAUGACGCGCUUCAGGCAGCCCGGGCACUGCUACGAGAACCUAACAGCAGCCUACCACGGAUUGGCUCUCAGCUCUGUGGACUCUCGAAGCGCUGUCUCCUGUGCGCUCAGCAUGUGCGCUACGCCGCGCGUAUCAAGCCGCAUUGGCAGGUCCAGCAUCCAGGUGCGUGGAAGCAAUGCCAGCAAGGAGCUCAAAGCGAAUCUGCAAGCCUAGUUGCUUUGUUUGCGCGGCCGUGUAAGUUUUGCGGGAGUCAGGCCAAAAACACCAGAGAUCAUGCGUCGCAAUGCCCAGCGCUCUUUCAGUUCCUUGCGGGCAGACAACUAGAGUUGGCCGGGCACACGCUUAGUGAGGCUGCACAUCCUGCAUUUCGUGCAUCUGCCUCGACCACAAAGCCUGAGCCCAAACAGCAGCGACUCGAUAGCCUAUUUCGCAAGUCGACUGGGCAGCCAGUGACGGUGUCCAACACAAACGCCCCAGCUGUGGCGAUAUCCCAGGUGCCACAGUCCAGUACGGUGGCGCGGCCUUUUCCCUGCCCAGCAGAUCUCCCCUCCGAUUGGCUGCAUCGCUUGAUUCUCAGAAACCCCAGCAACCACUGUUAUGCGAACGCUGGAAUGCUGGCGCUACUCACGGCACUGGAGGGUCAGUCCACGUACCCGGGCGCGCUCAAAGCGCUGCGGCAAACAGCGGUGCAGGCAGCGGUCUCAGGGAUCCCACUCACCCUGAGUCAGCAGUUUGUCCUACGCAGUGUGAUGUGUAAUUGGCCGUUUAACCCUGCCCAACAAGAUACGGUCGAGUUUAUAUCCCACCUCAUCGAAACAGCUAGGAUUGACGUUGGCAGAUGGGAAUCCAGAAUUCAAGGGCCAGAUGCCGUUGAAGUUUAUACCCAUGACUCAGGUCCAGUACAAAUCCCUACCGUUGGCAGAGAAUGCACACUGCAGGAGGCCAUUAAUAAGUGGCAUCAACAGGGAGCCUUACAUGCUCUGUGCUACCCGCCGGCACGCUUACUGGUCUACCUGAACAGGUAUACCGGCGCUGCAAAGUCCUUCAGUCAGGUCUGGUUUGAUGCUGAGAUCGCGAUGCCUGUUUUUACGCAUGGCAUGAACCUGCGAUGGAUUCCAUACCAGGCAAUCUCGGCGGUGCUGCACUUUGGUGCAACACCGCUAGCUGGCCAUUAUCGUGCCCUUCUCAGAGACGGCUCGCAGUGGCACUUCACUCAGGACGGCAUCCGUGCCAAGCCGCAGACCAUACUUAGGCAACAUAGGUGUAAUGUGUAUGCAGUUUGGCUCCAGCGCAAAGCGCCUACGGCUGAUCCUGAUCCAGCGCCAUCUUCGCUGUGA